GCGCGAUAACAAGGAAGUAGCGACCGGAAGUUUACAAACACGAACAAGACUGCUAAUACUUAGCAAACAUUUUGAUUAUUCGGAUAAAUCGUUAAAAAAAGCUUCAAUUGGAGCACACAGAGGAACGAUGGUUUGUGAGAAAUGCGAGAAGAAGCUCGGUAAAGUCAUCACACCUGACACCUGGAAGGAUGGAGCACGGAAUACAACAGAGGGAGGUGGACGAAGGCUAAAUGAAAACAAGCUCCUGACUUCAAAGAAAGCCAGGUUUGACCCGUACAGCAAGACAGGCUUUGCUAUCUGCAGGAUCUGCAAGAGCUCAGUCCAUCAGUCUGGAUCACACUACUGUCAGGGAUGUGCAUACAAGAAAGGGAUCUGUGCGAUGUGUGGAAAGAAGGUUUUGGACACCAAGAACUACAAACAAACAUCAGUGUGACGACCCGACGAUGAGAAAGUAAUUCUGUGAGAAACUAACAGAUGUGAGGAUGAGACGGAUAUGUACGCUUGCAGACUUGUCACAUUCUUUCCACCGUGUUCUGUUAUGAACACGUGUAACUCUUAAACUAUAACUCCACCUACGUGAAAGAGAAACUUUUAGAACCUUUACCUUCUUAUUAAAGAACAUCACUUAAUGCUGUUGUAAUUAUUACAGUGGCCAUAAAUAAGGAAAGGAAUCACCAGUCAACACCUGUUUCUCAUGUGAAAUAUCCAAGAUCUUCUGUAUAUUUUAAAUUGUAUUGUUUGAUUUUGAUCCUUUUGCUUUAAAUAAAACUGUGUAAUUUA